AUGAUCGCAAUUGUCGCUGAAAGAAAGAAGCAGAAAGCUUUGUUUGAGGAGCGAGCACUUCGCCUUUCCUUUUCCUUGGGAAUGUCUGUCACUUCAUUGGUGCGAUUCUCCCCAGGGGUUCGUGCUCUGGUUCCCCUGUGUUCCCUGACUGCCUGCCAGCUGGGUGGGCGAGUGCGUGCAUUGCGCUCCGAAAGCCCCGAGGAGGGGAACGAGGUUGGGACCAGCCAACACAGGGACCUCCGCAUUCACAUCCCUAGAUUGCUGCACCUCAUCAAGACUGCUCAGGCGCAGCAUGGAGGCCGUUACGGCGAUUACCAGCGGUACCGGCGGUACUGCUCCGCACGUCUGCGCCGAUUGUUCCGGUCGCUGCGCUUCCUGCACGGCAAGGGCAAGUACCAGCGCAAGUCGCUCGAGCCCAACACCGUCACCGAUGUCAGGCAUCUGCACAUCCCGCUGUUCUCGGCGGAGCGCGCGUGGGCGUACGCGAUGGAGCUCAAGCAGGCCAUCAGCGAGGCGGGCUCCGCCGCCGCCGCGCAGGCCGCCUUUGCGCGCAAGCGCGCGCACCUGCUGCGCCGCCUGGCGCGCGCCGCCAGAUGGGCGGACGGGUUCUCGCGCCUGUGCGCCGCUAGGGCCGACUCCAAAACCGCGCUGGAGGCGGAGGCGUACGCGUCCUACAUGUGGGGCACGGUGCUCAUGGAGCGUGAAACGGACUUUGACGCCGCCCUGCAGAAGUUCAGCCGCGCGCGCACGGUGUACGAGCAGUUGGGGCGGGUGGGCGACGUGGAGGAGCAGAUGGAGUGCCGGCAGCGGGCAGAGGAGAUGGAGCCCAGCAUCCGCUUCUGCCGCUACAAGAUGGGCGCCCACGCCCCCAACGCCGACUCCUCCGCUGCCGCCCACGCCGCCUCCAACCUGCUCGACCUCUCCGCUCACGAGGGCCCCGGGGCCGACCUGCUGCAGUCGAAACUCGAGGCGGUGAUGGAGGAGGCGCGGUCGCGCGAGGCGGCGAAUCUGGCGGAGCUGGACUGGCUGGGACGCAAGUACUCCGUGCUCAACGCCAAGACGCGCGUCUGCAUCCUCAAAGCACAGCAGCUGGAGGCUGAGGUGGCAUCUGCUGAUGUGGCGAACGACCGUCGGCUGAACCUGUACGACAAGAUCUUUGUGGCGUACCACGAUGCCAAGCGGCUCAUUCGAGACGACAUGGUGGCAGCGGGCGGGGCGGAGGACGUGAAAGAGCAGCUGGCAGCGCUGGAGAGGGCGGUGUCGUGCCUCGUGCUGCAGCGCACCGUGGACCGCAACCUGCUGCUCGUUGCUGGCGCCAAGGCGCGGCUUGAGAGGCAGCAGCAGCAGCAAGGGGGGGCGCAGGGGGGGCAGCAGGGGCAGGGUAAGGGGGCGGGAGGAGGAGGUGAGGGGAAGAAGGGGAAGCGGGAGAAGGGGAGGGAGGAGAAGGAGCGGGAGAAGCCUGCAAGGCCGGAGGAUCUUAUACGGCUCUAUGACACCCUGCUGCAGAACGCGUCAGACCUGGCGGACCUAGCAGCAUCAGGGAGGGACGCCCGUGCGGAGGAGAAGGCACUGCAAGCUCAUCUUGAGGCCAACAAAGCCUGCUACCAGGCCUGCAGGGCGUUCUACGUGGCACUGGCGUACCAGGCAGCAGGCAAGGACGCGGAGGCCUAUGUGGUGUUUGGCAGGGCGGCGGCAGAUGCAGAGCAGGCAGCCAAGGGACUGCAGCAGCUGCAGGAGGGGUCGGGAGCACAGGGAGGGAAGGGCAAGAGCAAGGGCAAGGGCAAAGAUAAGGCAUCAGAUCAAACGGCGGAGGAGCGGGAGGUGGAGGAGGUGGUGGUGCGCAGCAAGGCGCAACGGUGUGCCAUCCAUGCGCGCGCCACUCUCGACGCCAUCAGGGCCAAGGACCCCUCCGCCCUUGAGAAGGGCGUGGCGGAGCUCUCCCUGCGCGCCAAAGACAAGCAGGUGGAUGCCAAGUACAUGACUGAGAACCUGAACGAGUUUGUGAGUGCAGUCACCGUGGACUCCACCCCAGGCUCGAAGCUUGUUCCCCACAUUGCGCGAGUGCCACCUCCCUUCCAAGCGACCGCUGCCGUCACCAACGCCGUGUCCGCGUCUUCACGCAAGUCUGCAUCGACGAGUGCUGUCUCAUUCACAUCCACCUUCCUUCACUCGCCGAAACCGAUUACGGCCGUCGUUUCUCGCAAGCCAUGCGUUUCUCGCAAGGGAGUCUCCGUACGUGCCAUGGUGGCUUCGACCGACGCUGUCUCCUUCUCAGCCAAGGAGAUGGAGCGGGUUGCAGCAAAAGAGGCUCUCCUUCUCGCGGUGAAGGACGCGGGUGGCGCGGAGGCCCUGAGCACAGGGAAGGGCAAUGCGGCCGGGAAGAUUGAGGUUAGCGAGAAGCUGCUGCAGCUGGAACGACUCAACCCCACUCCACGACCCACAACGUCGCCUCUUUUGGAAGGCACGUGGGACAUUGUGUGGGCAGCCACUCGCAACCCAGGUGUCAUCGCCACCCGAGUGCUUCUCAAGCGGUUCCCCACGCAGGUGGCAUCACUGGAGUCACUGCAAGUGCAGAUCUUGGAGGGUUCCACUAAAGUGACGGCUGGCCUUAAGUUCCUCUCCGCGGCUGAGACUUCGAUCACUGUGACAACUCGUCUUGCUGUUGAAGGCCCUGUCAGAAUCAAGGAAGAGUAUGCCGAAGCUGUGGUGGCUACCCCUGUGGUGCCGGAUGGCAGCAUCCCAUCAGCCCUCAAAGGUGUCUUUGAUCAGCUGACUUCCGCAAGUCAAUCACUCCCUGCUGCUUUGAAGGACUCCCUCUCGUCAGGCCUCAAGCUCCCACUCAGUGGCAGAUAUCAGAGGGAGCUGAUUAUCUCUUAUCUUGAUGAUGAGCUACUGGUGGUUCGAGACCAAGCUGGACUGGCUGAUGUGUUGGUGCGAGGCACAAGUGCUACUACCACCCCCCCUCUUGGGGAUGAGAGUGAAAUUGAUGAGCCAACUGAUUAG